AUGACAAGAGGUGUUACAGAGAAGAAAGAAGAGAUUGUGGCAGUGGCUAUUGACAAGGACAAAAGCAGCCAAUAUGCUCUGAAAUGGACUGUGGAUCAUCUCAUCACCAGAGGCCAAACCAUCACUUUGCUGCAUAUUAAACACAAAGCUUCUUCUGUUCCAAAUCCAUUUGGGCACUUCAUCUCUGUCCAUGAGGUUUCUGAGGAUGUAGCAAGAAACUACAAACAACAACUGGAGAAUCAAGCCAAGGACUUGUUCCUUCCAUUUCGUUGCUUUUGCACCAGAAAAGAUAUCAAAUGCAAUGAAGUGAUAUUGGAAGAAUCAGACAUAUCAAAAGCAAUAAUCAGCUAUGUUACUACUCAUUCUAUUGAGACUUUGGUUCUUGGUGCAGCAUCAAGAAACAGCAUUGUCAAAUUCAAACCUACAGAUGUUCCCAGCAGUGUCUCAAAAGUGGCACCAGAGUUCUGCACUGUUUAUGUCAUUGCCAAAGGAAAGAUCUCUUCGGUUCGCUCUGCUUUGGCUCCAGCCCCUUCAAGAUCCAAUUCUCGUAACAACAUUAACCAUAUACCUCAUCAUGUUCCUCACAAUGUUCCCCACAAUAUACCUCAUCAUCCCAGAACUCCUGAGAGAUCACAUUAUAACAAUCAUAACAAUCAUAGCAAUCAUAACAAUCAUCACAAUCUGUACCAUCAACCAGAUGAAAUGGAAAUGAGGUCACCCUUCACAAGAGGCAAACAUUCAAUGAACAAGUCAUAUGAGCUCUCACAAGACAGUGACAUAUCCUAUGUGACCAGUGGAAGGCCAAGCAUAGAUCGCCUGUUUCCUUGUAUCCAUGACACAAGUGAUCAACAAGGAAAUAGCCCCAGAUUCUCAUCUAGUUCUGACUUUGACAUUCUCAAGAAUUUUUCAUCAUCAUUAUCAGGACACAAAUCUAUUGACUUGAGCUCUUCUCAUUAUGAAUUCUCGAAUCACUCCAACGAUAGUGGAACUUCGAUUUCCUCUCAGAACAUGGAUGAUGUGGAAGCCGAGAUGAAAAGGCUGAGGAUAGAGCUCAAACAAACAAUGGAUAUGUAUAGCACUGCCUGUAAGGAGGCCCUCUCAGCAAACAAGAAGGCAUAUGAGCUUCACCGUUGGAAAAUGGAAGAAGAACAGAAAUUAGAAGAGGCGCGGCUAGCUGAGGAGGCUGCAUUGGCACUUGCAGAGAAGGAAAAAGCAAAGUGUAAGGCAGCCAUUGAGGCAGCCGAAGCUGCUCAAAGGCUUGCUGAAUUGGAAGCACAGAAAAGAAUUCACGCUGAAAUGAAAGCUCAAAGAGAAGCGGAUGAGAGGAGGAGAGCACUAGGUGCCUUAGCCAGUGGAGAAAUAAGGUAUAGGAAAUACACAAUCGAUGAGAUUGAAGUAGCAACGGAAGAUUUUUCUGAAUCUCGCAAGAUUGGAGAAGGAGGUUAUGGACCAGUGUACAGAGGUGAAUUGGAUCACACCCCAGUUGCCAUAAAGAUUCUACGUCCAGACGCAGCUCAAGGACGCUCCCAGUUUCAACAAGAGGUUGAAGUACUAAGCUGCAUACGGCACCCUAACAUGGUUCUCCUUCUUGGAGCUUGUCCAGAGUUUGGCUGCCUAGUGUAUGAGUACAUGGCUCAUGGCAGCUUAGAGGACCGUCUUUUUCGAAGAGGUAACACCCCAAUUCUUACAUGGCAAUGUAGGUUCCGAAUUGCUGCAGAGAUUGGCACUGGUCUCUUGUUUCUUCAUCAAACCAAACCAGAACCACUUGUUCACCGUGACCUCAAACCUGCAAACAUUUUGCUAGACCGAAACUAUGUUAGCAAGAUUAGUGAUGUAGGCCUGGCCAGACUUGUUCCUCCAUCUGUAGCGGACUCUGUGACUCAGUACCGCAUGACAGCAACAGCAGGAACAUUCUGCUAUAUAGACCCUGAGUAUCAACAAACCGGCAUGCUUGGAAUUAAGUCAGACAUCUACUCAUUUGGGGUCUUGCUUCUACAAAUGCUAACAGCCAAGCCACCAAUGGGAUUGACUCAUCACAUGGAAAAAGCUAUUGACAAAGGUACUUUUGAAGAAAUGCUUGACCCUGCUAUUACUAACUGGCCUAUGGAGGAGGCAUUCAAAUUUGCCAAACUAGCUCUCAAGUGUGCCGAAAUGAGGAGAAAAGACAGACCAGACCUUGGAAAAAUUGUGUUGCCCGAGCUUAACAGAAUGAGAGAACUUGCUGAAGAGAAUAUGCCUGCUGAUGGGACUGGCUAUGUUCCAGCUUCACAUUCCCCCAACCAUGGCUCAGUCACAUCUCCAUCACAGGUGAGCUAA